AUGUCCAACAACUCGUCAUACGAAUCUCUCAAAAACCAACUCGAUCAAGGCGCCAAACAACUUCUCGCUGCACAACUUUCCAUUGAGGAACGAAUUUCCCAUCUUUUAAAAUUGGAGCAAGAAUGGUCGGAGAAGGAAAAAUUAAUGGAAGAAAAUGCCAACAAGGCAAAAUCCACAAUUAAAUUGGAUGUCGGAGGAAAGAUUUUUAAAACGAGCAGGGAAACAUUGCUAUCAAAGAAGGAUACCUUCUUUUAUGCAAUGAUUUCGAGUGGAAAAUGGUUGCCUGAUGAGGACGGAUCCUAUUUCAUUGAUAGAAAUCCUAAACUAUUUCACUAUGUUUUGGAUUUUAUGAGAUAUGGAAAGGUUGAUUUAUCAGCACUCGAUAAAUCUAAAAGAGAUUUGUUGAGAGAGGAGGCAGAUUAUUAUUUGAUCUCUGAAAUGUUUUCUGAUGAAUCGGCUGAUCAGGAACGAAAUGGCAUUGCUGAUACAUUUGAUAUGAAUCUUAAAGGACCCUAUACUGACUUGUCUGAUAAUAACAAGACGGCAACUGCUUCUCAAACAGGUAAUACUUGUGCACUUGGUAGUGAUGGUAUUUCCAGUGGAAAACGAACUUGGAAGCUCAGAAUGAAUCAUUUUGCAUCAACUUCCCAUUGGAUUAUGGUUGGUGUAGCAAGUAAGCCGUUAACUGAUUAUCAAAACUCGUUCGAGCAACCAAAUAAUUUUGGUAUUUCAAGUAGAAAUCAAAAAUUUACUGACUGUUCAAGCUCCUCAACCACUGCAUCAAAUGAUUGGGCUGUUGGACAUAUUAUCCAAGUUGACCUCGAUUGCAGCAAAAACACUUUGAAAAUUACAAAUUUGAAUACUGGCAAAUAUGAAGAAUGGCAAAACCUCCCUCCUAACACUUAUUAUCUUCACCUCAAUGUGUUUAAUGCCAAUGAUUCAGUUACAAUUCUAGAUCAAUAAAAAAAUUAUUUCCUGAU